UCUCUAUCCAUUAUAUCCUACUGAAACUGACAAACGCUGAAACGCCUGCAGAGGGGCAGCCAGCCAAGAAGAAAAUGGACCUAGGAGUGAAUGUGUGUGAAGAUGCAUUUGGAGACGAUGGCACAGGUCGUGCCGUGCGCCGCUUCACUCUGACUAACGAGUACCGCAUGAGCGUACAAGUGAUCACCUAUGGCGCCACCAUCACCUGCAUCAAGGUGCCGGACAAACGGGGCAAUGUUGAUGAUGUUGUCCUCGGCUACGAUGAUAUGAGUGGUUAUCUGUCAAACACAAACCCAUACUUUGGAGCAACAAUCGGAAGAGUGACUAACAGAAACUUAUCCAAAGAUUUUCUCUUCAACCAGCAACACAUUUCUCUCACCAAGAACGUGGGAGGGGUGCACCUACAUGGGGGCUUCAAGGGAUUCGAUAAGGUAAUAUGGGAUGCGGUGAUGGAGGAGGACCGCGUAAUUAUGACAUAUCUCAGCCGGGAAGGAGAGGAGGGCUAUCCGGGUGAUGUGCUGACCACCGUCACCUACCAGCUGACAGCAGAUAACCGUCUGAUCAUCGGAGUGCGGGCCUCCGUCACCAAACCCACCCCCGUCAACAUCACCAACCACAGUUACUUCAACUUAGCAGGACAUGCCUCAGGAUCGAGUGGCCUACUUAACCAAUUUGUGUCAGUGAAUGCGGAUAAGUAUACCCCUCUUGAGAACUUUAUAGCCACUGGAGAGAUCCGAGAUGUGGCCGGGUCCGGGUAUGAUCUACGGAUUCCACAAAAGCUUUCCGAAGCUUUUAAGACUUUGGACACUGACGGUUACGACAUCAACUUCUGCCUGAACAACAGCAUCGUGCAACCAGGCUUCAACUUUGCUGCCAGACUUACAGACCCUGAGAGUGGUCGAUUUCUGGAUGUCCACACUGACCAGCCAGGUCUCCAGGUCUACACCAGCAAUGGAAUGCCCACCAUUAGGGGCAAGCGGGAUGCUACCUAUGGCAAGCACAGCGCCAUCUGCUUUGAGACUCAGAACUACCCCAAUGCCAUCAACAUUGAAAAAUUUCCAAACUCCAUCGUGAAGCCAGGCACGGGACUAUGUUCACUACAACAGCCUACUCGUUUGGCGCCAUCCCUGACCCCGAUCUCCAGCCGACUUGUAGGAGAGGUGAGCAGUCCACGUCAGUAUGAAAGUUGUCUGCCCCGCCCUGUCCCUGCAGCAGCCCUCGCUCGCUGCGCUCACCUCUCCCCGGCCCUACGCUCACUCAGUCGCCGCGACCCGAGAUGUGACAGUGAAUGUGCGCGAGUGUCCGUGUCUGCGCGUGUGUACACACCUAACCUAUCUCCGACUGCUCCUUCAACUCACUGUGCCAUAUCCUUGAACAUGAAGAUAUGGUGUGUGAGCUGUGCGCUGGCAGCCAUCCUGGUCCUGGCUCAGGCGCAGAGGCGGGGAUCUAGACGAUUUGACAUUUCCCAGGUCUCAGAAUCACCAACAGAGAACAAAGAACCACCGCCUAUAAACGGACACAGAUUUGAUAGUCGCAGACAAACACAUCAACAUGAGAACAAUGAGAGGUUCCAGAGCAGAACAAGGAGUAGAAACAGAGACGAUGACCAGCUUCCAGAUGUCUCCUCAGAGUUUAGGAGGAGAGGUUCGAGACAGGAACAAGUUCCUCAAACCGUUACCUUGAAGCAACAAUCAAACGUUCGUAGAGGUAAGGAAUUGAAUUUAAAACCACCCAGUGAACCUGACAUUCCAACAAGAGAGAGUUUUGAAAGUGAAUAUCAAAAAUCAAAUACUAACAGUAGAACAAGAGCAAGGAACAAUCAAGAAUUCCGAAGUAGUAGAAACCGUUCAACCAAAACUGAUUCUACAACUUCAAAUUCUGAAAGUGAAUCAAGCAAUUCUCGUAGUAAUAAUAGAUUUAGUGGUUCAAGAGAAAGUGGUAGUAGAACAAAUAAUCAAGAAAGUAAGGUGAACCGAAAUAUUGCAACAAAUCAAAGGAGGCCUUUACUUCCUGUCACAAGUAUAUCACCAGAAGAUGUAACUUUUCCAAGCAGAUCAAGGGCAAGGUUUACUUCAAGUUCAGAUGAGUCAGUCUCUUUACCAUCGAGAGAUAAUAGUAGAAAUGUACAGAGAGGCUCAUUUGAAAUAACCCGUGGACGGUCAAGAGAGUCAACUCUGUCAGAAAGAACAACUCCUAGUAGAUCCAGUAUUAGUGAUGGUACACCAUCAAGAGGAACAGUCAGAGGAAGAGAACCUUCUGUACAAAAUAACGCUAGGUCUCAAACUUCAACAAGAUCAAGAAGUGAUUCUACUUCAACUAGAAACAAAGCAUUUUCAGAUCCUCCAAGACAAGAUGUUGAAGCAACAUCUGGUAGAAGAAGGAAUUUAGAUAAUGAAAGAUCCAAAACAACGGCGAUUACAAAUUCAAAUGUUAGUUCAGGCAGAACAUCAAUUCCAUCAAGAGAAGAAACAGCACAAACUGUUACUGAAAUAAAUGAUAAGUUAAUCACAAAACCCCUUUUAAGUAGUUCAGACAUGCCUGAAAUAGUUGAAGAUGUAGCUGUAUCUUCUGAAAGUGAUAAACUCUUAGAAGGUAGUGUAGAACCUAUACCAACAGCGUCUAAUGACAUUCUAAUAUCUUCAGAUCAAAAACUCUCUGUAGAUCCCAAAAGUAAUCCUGAUUUAGAAACAACAAAAUUAUUUUCUGAAAUUCCAAAAGAAAACACUCAUAAGAAAACAUUGCAUGGUAGAUCAAGGGGUAGAGGAAGUGAAAGUUUAGUCGAAGUAGAAACUGAUUCAGUGAAUAAAGAAUUACCAAGAACUAAUCAAAGAUCCCGGCAAAGGACUAAAGGACUUGAUGUAGAAUCAAGACUUUCAUCUAGAGGAAAAACUUCAAAAACUGCAUCAUCAGAUUCUUUUAAUGGAGAGAGAUCUAGCCAGAGAACUAGAGGCAACACUCAGCGUAGCAGACAGUCAGCACAAGAACAGAAUAUUCAAGAUAUCAAAAAUAGUUUCAGAUCCAGAACUAAUGUACCUACAUCAAGAUUAUCAAAUGAUAAAUCCAAUAACAAUGAAGAAUUAAGAAGUGGAACAGCCAACCGACGUCAAGGGAGCGUGGAAACUACAUCUCAACUAAUUGACAGUCAGGGACCUUCAAGAGGAUCUUUUAAAUCAGGAGGACGGAGAAAUUUGUCUAAAUUGCCAACUGAAUCAGAAACCACUAUGAAACCAUCAAGAGGUAGAGGUCAUUUCAAGGAAGGAAGUGGGAAACUAAAUGAAAAUGAAAAGAGUUCUGCCGCCGGCAAGGAUGAUGAGGUCAGGGACGACGAUAAUUAUCCUGACGUGUACAAACAACUAAAGAAAGCUGGAAAUGGACCGAAAGAGAUUCUGGCUCUGUUGAUGGCACGCAAAAAGCAGCGGGAAGCUCAACAAGCUCAACGUAAACAGCUCAGCACUCCUGAGCCUACCACUACGCCAGCUCAUCUUCUGCCUGAGGUUACAUCGCUAACGCAGGAUCUGAAUACUGAGGAGGACAAUGUAAGGCCAUCUUUAGAAUCGCCGUCAGUGCGACGUAAACAAUCGAUUGCAGAUAAGGAACAAACUGUCACUGAGAGCAAAGUGUUCCAGGCCACCUACAGACAGCGGAGCAUUCCCAGCCGAAACAACAGGGAGGACACCAACCAUCUAGAACAAGCAAAAGAGAAUAAAGUCUCUAGAACCUUUCGGUCUCGUUCAGAGAGCAGUCGCUCCCAGAAAUCGUCACCAGACAGAGUAAAAAAAAACUAUGACAGUAGUCAGAAAUAUUCGGCAAAAGUCAGAGGCGUGAGUGACAAAAUCAGGGAACCAGAAGUGGUGGAAAAGUUUGAAAAACAAACUAAAAGAGAACAAUUGGCAUAUAAAACACUAAAUGACUUUGGACUCGAUCCGAAAACCUUAGAAACGACUGAACCUGUGACUGAACGUGAGAGGUUCGUCCCUUCAUCGAGAAGAGCUAAGGCAUUCAAAGCAACGACCGAAGGAUUAAACGAAGAAAUACAGAGGACAACGACAUUCAAGCCUAGGUAUCAACUCUAUGAGGCAAAGAAUAGGAAGAAACUUUUAGAAAAGAGAUUUGGAGGGAAGGACAGCCAAUUAAAUAACGAGGAUCUACAAACAUUUGCUUCAGUUUCAGAGGAUGAUACAGAAUCGAGAACGAAGAAGUUAAAGUUUGGGGCAGCAUCUCGGCCGCCGUAUACUCCACCACGCAAGCCCACCACUCCUCUGCCCUACUCCCGUCCAACCCAAAGGGCGGGAUACCCUGGGCGGUUCAAGGGCAGACAGUCAGCUGUAUACCGCAGCUCUUCUCUUUACCAGUCAUUGACUGAAGACCAGGAGCCAGUCACUGUUCAGUUCUUUGAACUGGAAGCUAGAGCACCAAAGUUAGAAUCUGCCAGUCUUGUUACAGAGGCUCCCUCUGUAGCCUCUACUUCAUCUUCGGAGGCGACUUCUCCAGCUACUUCCUCCACUGAACCAGCUUCUACAGAGUCUCCUCUGGACAACAAUGUAAUCGAUGAUGAACUAAUUAUUCCUUCUACAUCCAGUACCACCACUCCUUCCACAACCACAACCACAACAACAACAUUACAACCUACAACCACAACUCAGAAACAAACCACUACUACACAAACACCAUCCACAACCAGUACCACCACCACCACCACUACUCAAAAACCAACAACUACUACUACAACCACCACCACUCCAAAACCAACAACAACCACUACUACAACCACCACUACUCCAAAACCAACAACAACCACAACUACAACCACCACCACUCCAAAACCAACAACAACAACCACUACCACUACCACCACCACCCCAAAACCAACAACAACCACUACUACCACACCAAAACCAAUAACCACCACAACCACACAAAGAGCAACAACAACUACUACCACUAAAAAACCAACAACUACCACCACUACACGAAAACCAACCACACAGAAACCAGUUAACACUACAAAAAAACCAAUAACUACUACCAAAAAAUCAUCCCACACCACUAAAAAACCCAAUGCAACAGUAAAACCCACAAGUACUACCACAAAGAAACCAAACACAACGAAGAAACCACCGUCCGCUCCCAAACCUCCUCAACAACAAAAACCACUCCCUCCCUCUUCAACCAUUCAGCCUCUAACCACUGCCAAAGUUCAGUUAACAGCAAGAGCAUACAUUCCUGAGAGGCCGGCAGUAUCAACAGUACCAGAAAUGAUAAUAACGUCAGCUCAGACCUUCCAGCCGUCAACCUUUGGAGUUAUUCCUCGUAAUACAGCACCUCCCCAGAUUCAGAGUUCUCCCGAUUACAUUGCCUACGCUCUAUUGCCCAACAACACGUUAGUGCGCAGAGUUGCUCCAAGGUCCACCACACCUCCCACUGAGCUGCCGUUUGUGGUCUAUGGACUGUACCCCAAUGGAACAAUUGUGAAGAGAUAUCCAAAUGGAACGGUGGUCCCAGAUGAUCCUUCCCCAGAGUCAAACGAACUGGUCGCUGAAGUUGACCCCCUAAACAAGCAGGAACUGAGUAACAUCCUGGAGCGUGAUCGACCACUUGCAUACCUGUACCCUUCCUCUACUGCCACGACACCUGUAUUUAGUUCUUCAGCUGAAGCAAGAACUAUUGAUACACUUACAACCUCUAUAACAACAACAACAUCAACUGAAAUUCCAACUACCACAACUACUACAACAACUGAAUUACCUUCAACUACAACAACCAUGAAGCCCUCUACUACAACAACAACAAAGAAACCUACGACUACAACAAAGAAGCCCACAACUACAACAAAGAAACCAACAACAACAAAAAAAAACCUACAACUACCACUAAGAAACCUAACUACCACUAAGAAACCUACAACUACCACUAAGAAACCUACAACAACAACUAGGAAACCGACAACUACAACUACUACAACAUUAAAACCUACUACAACUACCACUACCACCACUACUCCAAAACCCACAACAACGACAACCACUACUACAACUACUCCAAAACCAUCAACAACGACAACAACCACCACUACUCCAAAACCCACAACGACAACCACUACUACAACUACUACCCCAAGACCAACAACCACUACAAAGAAACCUGUGACUACAACUAAAAAACCAACUACUACAUCGCAAAAGCCAACAACUACAACUAAGAAACCAGCAACUACUACAACCACAACUACCACCACAACCACAACUACCACCUCAACCACAACCACUACUACCACGCAAAAAACAACAACUUCAACUACUCAGCAGCCAACCACGAAAGUUGCAGAAGAAACCACUUUAAGGUCUCCUGAAACUGUCUCAUCUUCUAGUGACAUUUCUGCUGAUUUUGCUCUUCUUAACAGUUUGCUGCAGCUACAAAGUGACAACAGUGUUGCCAGCAACAGCAUAGCUCCAGUGGAGACCUCCUCCCCACUUCCUCCCACAGGUGCUGAGGAUGAUGAAUUGGCCAAUCGGAUUAUUCAGCUGGCUAUUGAGCGUGCCCAGUCUACCACAGAAAGUUCAUCUUCAUCAGAAGGCUUCGACCUUCAACAGUUGUCAUCUAGCCCUGAACCGAGCUUCGAGCGAGAUGCCAAAAGUCUAGCACCUCCUCUUAUUGACUCCAUGAGCCUUGAAACAUCCUCCAAACCUGGUGGCAAGAUCUCUCUCUGGGUUGUGCCUGAAACUGAAACCGAACAAACAACAAAAGCGCAAAAGCUGACGCCAGAGGAGGAGCAGGUGCUGACGGCUCUCUUGGCUGCGCCGCAACCCACCUCCGGCAUCAGUGUGAGGGAUCAGCUCCUCUUGGCUGAGCUUCUGGCAGCAGGCAACAAUGGGGGAGCAUCGAUAUCGACAACCAAGAGACCUCGAAAGAAGAAGAAGAGACCCACAACUCCAGCCCCGCCUCCUCCCAUAUCUCCUUUGGCUGCUCUGUUUGGACAGGGAGGAAGGGGUGGAGGCUUAUUUGGUUCUGGGGCAGUUCCUGAGGCUGCAGAAGGAGACGACCAGUCUGGAGACUACCAGAGGCCUCAGGGUGGGCUGCUGGUGAAUGCUGCUAUCAAUAUCACCAGGGCAGUCUCCCAGUUCAUGGGUUUGGUCCUGCAGGGGGCUGCUCAAAGCUUCCAGAGUUUCCUGGCAGCCAGGACCCGUAACUUUGCAGAGUACUUUGCACGAGGAGGAGCCAUCAGCUGAGUGAGUCGCAGCGCAGGUGACCUCAACAGACUAGUCAGUCUCCCGACGGGGGCUAUGUGGGGCCGCAGCAUGUGUUUGACUCUCCCAACUUAAAAACAUGUUGUGGACUCUUUCGGCGGAGCAGAUUCCAUUAACAUUCUGGUGCUCAUGAGGAAACAGUAAUAAGUCAACCGAUAGGAAAUAUUUGAAAAAACAUUUAAUUUAAUCUCACAUUUUCAACACUUAACCUAAGCAAGUCUGAUAAAUAAUGUUUUUACAUAUUUUUAUUUGCUGAACUACAUGUGCCAUUGUAAUUACCAUGAAAAUCAGGUUCCAUAUAAAAAUAGAGUAAGUGAUACACAGCGUUGUUAUAGGAUUUCAAAGAACUCUACCUGGGUUGUGAAUUUUGCUCUAUCGAAUAUGUUUAGCACAAAAGUAUAAUUGUGUUAUAUUUAGCAGUAAUAAGUUAGGCUGUAAUUUGAUUUGGCUUCUUUUCACACUCUUAGAAAAGAAAUAGUAUGUUAUGGAUACUGUGAUAGAUUUUUAAUUUUGUUUAUUUUUAAGCGGGGUAUUCAAAAGUAUUUAGUGUAAGCUGUUGUACUCCAAGCUUAAAUGUGUAUAUCAAUCAAAAUUGGACUGUAAAUAUAAUCUACCUAUAAGAACUUACAAAAGUUUUAAAUUACCUGUAAAACUUCAAAAUAUUAUUUUCAAGAAAAUUAGUUACAAUAUUAAUUAAUGUAUAAGAUGUUUUUAGUCAGUUAGUAGUGUUAUUAUUGUGUUAUAUAUAUAUAUUAUGAAAGUUCUAACGAAUCCAAGUUUACCAUCAAUGAAUCAAUGUGCAGUUAGGCAAUUCUUUCUGUUCAAACAGCAGAAUUUGUAGAGCAAUAUUAAGUAACAUAUAUUAUUUAAUAAAUAAUGUUUAAAUCCUACAAUUAAAAUCUAUUACUUAUAUUUCAUUUGAGGUAAAAUCUGUUGUAUAUAUGAUGGCAUUACAAGAAUUUUCUAAUAUCAUUAGGUGUUUGUUUUGCUCAAAAAAUUAAAGCAUUUCAAGGAAAAAUUAUUAAUAUACAACUAGCAUCCUAUUUUUGGACUUUGUGUUUUUUUAUAUUUAUAAAGGCUUUUAUAUAAAAUUACACUAUACAUAGAAUCAAAAUCGUUACUUUUUCAAAUUAAUUUGUCAGUAAUACAUAAUUUUAUAGAGUUAAUAUGAUAUUAUUAAUGUAUUUUAAGGAAUAAACUCAUUCGUUCAAUUCCAUUAUGCAAUGCAAAACUGAAAUUAAAAGAGUGUAAACUUUUUUUCAACCAUGUUUGGAUUUACUUCAAAUUAUUUCGCUUUCUUCCUAUUUAAUAAAUUAAAAUUUAGUAAUAAAAUUUGUGAGGGGAUAAAUGACUAUUGUGAAAUAUUAUAAAAAUAUUAAUCUGCAAAAUUGAAACAUUUCAUGUUUUCUAUGUUUAAUGUUUUGUUUUGAUUAUAUUUCACCCUGAAAGUUCAAAUAAUUUAGUGAUAAUACAGACUUAUUAAAUUAAAUUGUUCCAUGUAUUAUAUAAAUUGUAGCAAAUUUUUAUUUUUAAUUUUAUACUUUGUGUUUGUAAAUUUCUUUAAACACUUUUAGGAUAUAGCGUUAUGUAAAUAGACUUUGUGAAUAUAGAUGUAACAAAAUGGUUUUGUAUAUAAAUUAGUAAUAAAGCAAUAUAAACAAG